AUGCAGUCCGGAAUAUCAGCCUCCCAAGAACUCCAGAAUGCCUUCAACACCCUCGUCUCCGACCCCUCCCAACGCGCCCUCUUCGCAACGAUCGAGUCCGAGUCGUUACGCCCUUCCAAUACCAUUGCCUUGACCAACGACUCCUUCACCGACGACCUCGAGCAAUUGCAGUCUCACCUCUCGCCCAACCAAGCAACCUACAUCCUGCUCAAAACUCAUCCCAACGAAGCGAACGGCUAUGCGGCGAUUACAUUCGUCCCGAAUGCCGCACCGGUACGGCAGAAGAUGCUGUUCGCUUCGACACGUUUGACACUAGUUCGUGAGCUGGGCAUUGAGCGCUUUAGACAGACUGUCUUCACGACUGAGAAGUCCGAGUUGACUGCCACCGGCUGGGCGAAGCAUGAGGUGAGCGAGUCCGUCUCUGCGCCAUUGACAGAAGAGGAGAGUGGGCUGCAGGGUGUUAAAGAGGCUGAAGCGCGAGAAGCACAGGGUACGGGUGCGAGAAGAGGGCAUGUCAGCAGUCGGGUGGAUGUCAAGACUGGGGAGGGCGUGGUGGAGGCGCUGAGCGGAUUGAAGGAGGAAGGAUGUAAAGGCACCCUGGUACAGCUGAAGUAUGUGCUGCCGGAUGAGACACUGCAGCUUGACUCUUCGUCGGAUGGCGUCGGAGGGGCGGAAGUGGGAGGGAGAAUCGAGUCGAAGGAGCCCCGGUAUAGCUUCUACUCGCAUCCUGAUGCGGACGGGGUGAAGAUCAUGUUUAUCUACACUUGUCCGGCAGGCUCGAAGAUCAAGGAGAGGAUGAUUUACAGUACUGGCAAAAGCUGGACGAGGACGGUCGCAGAACGAGAUGCUGGGCUGGAGAUUGCAAAGUCCUUGGAGGCUACCGAGCCUGCAGAGAUUACGGCCGAUGCGCUGAACGAGGGUAUCUCUGCGGCUGCGUCAGACGGGCAAGAGAGUGGAUCCGCGACGCCUGUGGGAGGCGGUGGCUUUGCGAGGCCGAAGCGACCGGGGCGCCGGUGA